AAUCGACCGGAUUACUGACACGAACACGACCCGUUACCCGAAAUUGCCACCUCUACCUGUGAGUCAUUACAAGACCACAACUCCCCUGCUAAAUUGAGUCAACAGUGUAACAGAAAUAACUAACUUUUCACAGUCCCUCCCGCCUGAAAUUGAAACCCCCAUGGCCCCACAAUCCCAACCGCUUCUCAACCGCCUAACAACCUUAGAUAACCGCUUCUCCCUCACUCUCUACUCUCUAUUCCACCCAAUUCUCCCUCACUCCCUCCUCAAACUUCUCGAAUUUUCCGGCGAUGGCCGCCUAUUCUUCCCCCUUGUUCUCUCCACUCUCGCCCUCAUUGCCCCCUCCCACCCCCUCUACCCUCUCCUCGGUAGCCUCCUCAUCGGAUCGCUUCUCGAUCUCCUCAUAAUUGGCCUGAUCAAGCACAUUGUGAGGCGGCCGAGGCCGUCUUACAAUGAGAAUAUGUCUCUGGUGUUCAGUGUUGAUCAUUGGUCUUUUCCGAGUGGACAUAGCUCACGUGUUUGUUUUAUUGCCGGGCUGGUCUGGCUGUCGGAUGUGGGAAUUGGGGAUUUUUUGGGGGAUGUUGAGGGUUGGAGGUUUGGUGUUUGUGUUUGGGCGGGUGUUACGUCGGUUUCCAGGGUGUUGCUUGGGCGGCAUUAUGUGUUUGAUGUGGUUGUUGGGGCCUCUAUAGGGGUUUUUAACGCGGUGGUUGUGUUUUAUUAUCUCAAUUAUGAGAAUUUGGCUUCGAUUUGGGCUGAUCAGUGAACUGUGGAAUGGUCCCUGAAUCGAAGAUAAUGACGAACCUUCUUGAUAGGUAUAGUGUAUUUAGAUGAACUAGUUAGCUGAUUGGUCAGAGAAAGGACAUUAAGCAUUACUCCUUUUUUUUUUUACGUGUUUAUUGUAAGCAUGCAUGAAAUCUGUCUUUAUGGCUGGUCCCGUAUAUUACUGUUAAUGAACUAACCUGUCUGUUGGUAAUCCAGUUUCUUUGUUCUGCCAUGACAAUGAUAUAGUUUUUCAAAUUAUUGCACACCUUGUAGUCUUCACUCUUCUACAU